AUGGGCCAGGGCACGGGAACGGCGAUGCGAACGAACGUCGCUUUCUUCUCUUCGGCGGACGAGAGUAACGAGCAGGGGGCCCCUGUUGAUCUCUACGCGGCUUCACGUCAAGGUUGUGCGCGUACUCCCAGCGGUCGCUAUGAAGAGGCGUUGAAGAAAACGCUCGGCGGAACGCGCAGAACGAUGGGGUUUCUUGGGAGGAGUGCAGGAAUUAGCAGGCUGCCAAUCGGCCUCGCCGAGGAGGCGGAGGCUGAAGCUUCGUCCUACUGGUCCUGGAGUUGA